CAGUGCAGCUUUUCUUUCCUGGGGCGCGGAGCUCGGCGAGCUCGGAGCGCAGCACAGAACCAGCCCUGCAGGCGAGGAAAGCCGGCGGACCAGCCUUCUUUCUCCGCUGCCUGCGCAGACCCAGGCGCCCCAUCCCCCGCCCCGAACUCCCAUCUCUCCCACCCCACCCCUCUGGGUUCCACGCGGACAGCGCCCCGAGCCCGGUGUGGAAUCGACGUUUCAGCACUUCGGACAGCGCCCGGGCGCCCCGGCCCGUUUGGGUUGACUAUGGCGAGCGUUCAGCAGGGCGAAAAGCAGCUUUUCGAGAAGUUCUGGCGAGGAACCUUCAAAGCGGUGGCCACCCCACGUCCCGAGAGUAUCAUUGUUGCUAGUAUCACAGCCCGCAAGCCCCUGCCCAGGACAGAGCCCCAGAGCAAUCCCAUGGUCCCAGUCCAAGAUGGACCUUCAGAAAAGCUGGAUCCGCGUCUGGCCACUGAGGCCUUGAGCACUAACAGCUGGGAGAAGAGCAAAGCCUGCCGGGAGCUGGGUCCUGCCAGAGCACGCAGUGCCUCUGGUGACAGAGACUUGACACCACCGCCUUCCUCCAGGGGGAAGAAGAAAAAGAAGAAAUCAACGCGGAAGAAGAGAAGGAGGUCCCCAUCCUACAGCCCAUCGCCUGUCAAGAAAAAGAAGAAGAAAAGUUCAAAGAAACAUAAGCGACACAGGUCAUUCUCCAAGAAGAGAAGGCACAGCUCCUCUAGCCCAAAAAGCAAAAGAAGGGAAGAGAAGAGGCACAAAAAACAAUCAAGAAGCAGACCCCGAAAGUCUCACCGCCACCGCCACCACCACUGCCCCUCAAGGUCCCAGAGCUCGGAGUCCCGCUCCUCCAGCUGUGAGAGCAGACAUCGAGGCCGGUCUCCCCAGGAAGGGCGGAAGUCCCGCCGAAGGCACUCCCGCCGCUGCUCCAAGACCCUCUGCAAGGCCAGCCCCGAGGUCCGGUCCAGUCAUCCACCCAGCCAGCCCCUCCAGAUGCUUGGCUUCCUGUCAGCCAGGGGUGUAAUCACUGGGUCUGGGUCUACCGCUGACCUCUUUAGCAAAACAGCCAGCCCGCUCACCAACUCCCGAGGACGCUCCCAGGAGUACGACUCAGGCAAUGACACGUCCUCACCACCCUCCACACAAACCAGCUCAGCAAGGUCUCUGGGCCAGGAGAAGGGGAGCCCCGGCGGGGGCCUAAGCAAGAGCCGGGACCUCAACAGUGGCAACACCUCUGAUUCAGGGAACUCCUUCACCACCUCUUCACCCCAGAACAAAGGGGCUGUUUUGGAGAACCUCUCUCCCACCAGCAGGGGCAGAGAAUCAAGAGGAUUUCAGUCACCAUGUCUGGAGUGUGCUGAGGUGAAGAAGUCUACUUUGGUCCCAUCCACAGCCCGGAGCUCCCCCAUGAAAGAGUGCUCCCGCAGCCCCUCCUAUGCUAGCACCCGAUCCUCCAGCCACUCCUCCCGAUCCCCAAACCCCAGGGCCUCCCCCAGGUACACCCGGAGCCGGUCCACUUCCUCUGAAAAAAGGUCCUACUCCCGCUCGCCCAGCUAUUCCUCCAAGUCUGGCAAGAGGAGCCCACCCAGCAGAAGCUCUCGAUCCCGACGCAGCCCCAGCUACUCCCGCUACAGCCCCAACAGGGAACGGGACCCCAAGUACAGUGAAAAGGACUCGCAGCCGCGGGAGCGCGAGCGAGCACGGCGGAGGCGUCGGUCCUACUCGCCCAUGAGGAAGCGCCGGAGAGACUCCCCGAGCCACCUGGAGGCCCGCAGGAUAACAAGUGCCCGGAAACGCCCGAUCCCCUAUUACCGACCCAGCCCGUCUUCGUCCAGCAGCCUCAGCAGCGCCUCCUCCUGGUACAGCAGCAGCAGCAGCCGCUCGGCCAGCCGCAGCUACUCGCGGAGCCGGAGCCCCAGCCGGAGCCGGAGCCCCAGCCGGAGCCGGAGCAGGACCCGCACUAGCAGCAGCUCCAGCUCCCGUAGCCCCAGUCUGGGCUCCCGGAGCCGCAGCCGGAGCCACAGCCGGAGCUACAGCUCGGCAGACAGCUAUUCCAGCACGAGGCGCUAA